UCCGUUUUCAAAUAUUAACUGUAUUCUAUUUUUCACUACUGUGUUGGGAGUAUGUAAUCAUCAUCCUUAAAAGAUUCAGUCCUGAAAUUCAAUUCAGUUCGUGCUGUCUCUCUAGCAUAUUAUCAUCACAGCUUGAUUCAGGUGCUCUAAUUUCCCCAGCGCUUGACAGCCUGAAGCUUCGCUCAACAACAGCCCGGAUGUAGCGCACUGUCUUCGCUUCAGUAAGGGAUUGUAAAGCACACUGGAGAGCAAUAACAUGGCGCUGGCAACAAUAUAACGGCACCCUCAAUAAUAAAAAAAUAUAUAUGGCUAAAGACAUGUGACUCAUUAUCCAACACAGCAGUUUUGUCAGGACUUUCCAAUAUGUUUGGAAAAAAGAAGAAAAAAUUGGAGAUCUCUGCCCCAUCCAACUUCGAGCACCGGGUUCACACUGGUUUUGACCACCGAGAGCAGAAAUUCACAGGCCUUCCCCAGCAAUGGCAAAGCUUGUUGGCAGACACUGCCAAUAGACCCAAACCAAUGGUGGACCCUUCGUACAUCACACCCAUUCAGCUUGCUCCUAUGAAGAUAUCUCCCAAGAAAGUCCCGUCAGCUGAAACAUCAUUGCGAAAAACCAUUGUAAGAGGAAACAGAGCUCAGAAGGAUUCCUCCAUCAAUGGCUUGCUGGAAGAGUUUGACAGCAUUUCAGUCACACGCUCAAACUCUUUACGAAAAGAAAGCCCUCCUGCCUCACACAAGCCAAACUCCAACCACACUUCACAGCAGCCGGAGGAGAACGGCUUCAGCCAUCACUACUCCAGGUACUCCUGUGACCUGGACAGCUGGAAAGACUUUCCUGGGGAGACCUAUAAAGACAAGGGUAGCUUUGAAGGGGAAUGGGGGAAACAUUACCGAACAGCAAAGCAAAACGGGCACACUGCUAGAACAAGAGGAGUGGACCCUUUCUAUCCUGAUGCGAUGCCGCAGAAAUCAGAUUUCUCCAAGAUGCCUCCAGAUUAUCACACCUACUUGGAGACCAAGGUCAGGUCCGGGGAAAGUGCUGGGCCCAGCAGGGACUACUACAGGGUUUCUUCUGGGAGUUCUGCACAUGAGUACAGGGAGCAACCUCAAGGCACACCCUCGAGGUCCUCAAUACACAGUGAACGAAUUGACUACUCAGAUAGUGACUGGGGGUAUAGAACCCCAAGAGAAGAUUACGAAAAGCGACCAAAGUCAUCCUACGUCACCCAGACCAGUCCGCAACCAGCCAUAAGACAGCGAUCCAGAUCAGGCUCUGGACUCCAGGAACCAAACUUGCCAUAUGGAGUUAGCGCUUUCAAAUCAACACAACAAGGUCAAUCAUACAGCUCAUACACAUACCCACGUCUCUCUGAAACUGUGACAGCCUCACCGGUAAUUCCAAAGGGGGAUUAUGAAAGAGCAGCCAGGGACAUGAUCUCGCAAGUGCCCGGUGCAGAAACGUACCCCAGAGUCCCUUUUAAACUACCUCAAAUUCAAACCAAGCCAAGCUACCCUAGCAGUUUCCAGUUCCCAACAACUUACCACAAGCCCUCCCCCUACCACCACUCUCAGCCGCAGCCCAGUCCGCCCUACAGUGCUCAAGGUGCUUACUCGCAACCAUCAUCCCCUUAUAUACCUCCUGGUGCUUACCCUCCCCCGAGCUGGGGCUCCUCCUCAGAUCAGCAGCCCUCAAGGGUGUCUCACGAGCAGUUCAGGGCUGCCCUGCAGCUCGUGGUAAAUCCUGGUGACCCCCGAGAGUACCUAGAUAACUUCAUUAAGAUUGGCGAAGGAUCCACAGGCAUUGUGUGUAUCGCCACAGAGAAGCACACUGGCAAGCAGGUGGCAGUAAAGAAGAUGGACUUGCGAAAACAGCAAAGACGGGAAUUGCUCUUCAAUGAGGUUGUUAUAAUGAGAGACUACCAUCAUGAAAAUGUGGUGGACAUGUACAAUAGCUACCUAGUAGGAGAUGAACUGUGGGUAGUUAUGGAGUUUCUUGAAGGUGGUGCUUUGACUGACAUUGUGACCCACACAAGGAUGAAUGAGGAGCAGAUAGCCACUGUCUGCUUGUCAGUAUUGAAAGCUUUAUCAUACCUUCAUACGCAAGGUGUUAUUCACAGGGAUAUCAAGAGUGAUUCCAUACUUCUUACAAGCGAUGGAAGGAUCAAACUUUCAGACUUUGGCUUCUGUGCACAAGUAUCCAAGGAGGUUCCUAAAAGGAAGUCACUGGUUGGCACACCUUACUGGAUGGCACCAGAGGUGAUUUCUAGGUUACCAUAUGGAACUGAGGUGGAUAUAUGGUCCCUGGGGAUCAUGGUCAUAGAAAUGGUAGACGGAGAGCCUCCUUAUUUUAAUGAGCCACCUCUCCAAGCUAUGAGGAGGAUACGGGAUAACCUACCUCCAAGGUUAAAGGAGUCUCAUAAGGUGUCAUCUGUCCUGCGAGGAUUUCUGGACUUGAUGCUGGUGAGGGAGCCUUCGCAACGAGCCACUGCACAAGAACUGCUGUGUCAUCCAUUCCUGAAGCUCUCGGGACCCUCUUCCUGCAUUGUACCCCUUAUGAGGAACUACAGGCACCGCUGACAUCCUGCUCAGUAGCUCACCUCUAUUGCAAGACUGACUUCAAGUAACUAUACCUUUAUGGUAGCAAAAGACUAAUUAGCUUAAGAAAAUUGUGAUGGUUAGAAUGAGAGACAUCUACUUUUUGUGCAGUCAUUCAAAGCACACAGAUCUCACAGUUUUGGAGGACUUUUAGCCCUUACAGAAUUUCUGCCUACGGAGCAGGAACCCUUUGUGGCUAUGAUUUAAUAGUUUUCUAUGUACUAGCGGUAAGUUUUGAGCACAGCACAUCUUAUCUGUUGACUUCUAGCACUUUUGGGGCUCAAUUUCUUAGGAAAAUCAUAGUAUCUGGCUUCCAGUCAGCAUAGUUGAUGAAGCACCAUGAAACUACAAUUGCUUCUGUCAGAUAAAUAGAUUACAGCACAUUCAGGACUUAUCAAUGGAGUCUUACUUAAAGAAAUUUAUAUGGCCAUUUUCUAUGUGUUGGAAGGCUGGCCAUAUUUCUCUGGUUUAAGGAAAAGCACUUUUCUUUUUUAACACUAGCAGUGUAACGUAUUUUAGAUUAAUUGUAAUAUUCUGUACAGUUUUUGAUAAUUUGCAGUAUGUUGUUGUGAUGUAAUCAUUGUGAUAUGAGCAGUAUUAAAUAUAAUUUAAUUAAACAUUUCAGAAAAGGUCUUUCCUACUAUUUAUAAUCCCUUUAUAGAUAAUAAAUGAACCUAAACUGUGAUACUGUCUGUGUGACAACCAGAAUAUAUUUCAUAACGUACAUGAGGGCAGGAAUAAAUCUUUGUCAAAAAUGGGAAUGACAGAUUUUUUUGUAUAUUGAUAGUAUUAUUUAUUUUUGAAUUGGAAAAUUGAUUUAUUUUUCAGUAGGGUUUCUUUUUCUUUUUUUUAUACCAACAGAUAAUGGUUUUGAUUAUCUUAAUCAAGUAAGCAAUAUUUUCAUCUUCUGUGACUUUAUUUAAUAAGUAGAAAUAUCCAUAUCAAUUAUUUUAAAAUAGAUUUUCAGAAAGUAAAGAAAUGGUGUUUAAUAUGGACAUUACAUUUUUUCAACAGAAUUUAAAAAAUACACUGAGUGAAGGCCUUGCCUGUUUUGCCGAAUUUUAAAAUGAGAACUUGUUUAAUUUUUUAUGUAUUUCCAACACAAAGUUGUUCCAAAAACAGCUAAAGAAAUAUGAAAAACCUAAUAUACAAUUGAUAAAGAGUAAGCCCUAUUCAUCUUUGAUGUUAACCUAUUUAUCCUCCAUUAGACUUCCAAGCCUGAUGUAGAAUCUAUAUUUCAAAACUGUUUCACUCCACAUAGAUUCUUGUUUUGAUUUUGGAAUUAAAAUUUAAUGUGUUUUGUAAAUAUGAACACAUUAACGUGUGCUGCUGUCUAAACCUUGAUGAAUGUUAAAAUUUGAAUGACUAAUAAUUAAAUGUGGUGUUGCUUGUUGAGUGAAUUCGCAUGUUUGUUAUCAGUUAAACUGGUUUUCAAUAAAAAAAUAAAAUGAAAGAUUUAUUGUACAUACUUUGUCAACUGUAUCUCCCGGGAAACGUCGUUCAAACAUGUGUUAAUUAUUUUAUAAUCAGCACUUCCUAAUGUCACUAGCCUUUUAUUUUAUCUUACUGCUUUUGUUAUCUUUUUCUGGUUAACUUUCUGGUUUUGAAUAAUAAUAAUGAUAAUAUCAACAAUAACUUGUCUUUUACAACAAAAUAUAUCACCUUAUUUCCUGAUGAUUAAAAUCUGGACAUGUUUAAUUUU